AUUCUAAUCCAAAUACGUGCUGGUACGUACCCACGGGCCACUCUUCCAGUACUUCUCCUAUCUAUAUAUACAUGAUCCGGCCUUUUCACUCCAAACCAUUAACUCGUGGGAGACACCCAUAUAGUAGAAUAUAGGAAUCUCUCUGUUUUUUUUUUUUGCGAUCUUCCUCCUGCAUAAUCAAGCUUUCGGGUUUUGGACAAUCAAAUGGGUGCUCGGUUUCUUCUCAUAGCUGUGUGGUCACUUUCCAUUGGCUUCAGCCUCUACCCUCAAACAGCGUCAGCACAAUUAAAAAAAAACUUCUAUGCGAACAUCUGCCCAAAUGUCGAAAACAUCGUUAGAGAUGCGGUUCAAAAGAAAUUCAAACAAACUUUCGUCACAGUUCCAGCAACCAUCCGUCUCCUUUUCCAUGAUUGCUUUGUCCAGGGCUGUGAUGCAUCAGUAAUCAUACAAUCCACUGGAAGCAACGAGGCAGAGAAGGAUCACCCUGAUAAUCUGUCGUUAGCAGGAGAUGGAUUUGACACCGUGAUUAAAGCCAAGGAGGCGGUUGAUGCGGUCUCAAGUUGCACAAACAAGGUCUCGUGCGCAGAUAUUCUGGCCCUGGCAACCCGAGAUGUCAUUGCACUGUCAGGUGGACCAUCUUAUGCUGUAGAGUUGGGUAGAUUGGACGGCCUGAGCUCAAAAGCAUCAAGCGUAGAAGGGAAGCUGCCUAAGCCCACCUUCAAUUUGGACCAGCUCAAUUCCAUGUUCGCUGCCAAUGGUCUCUCCCAAACGGAUAUGGUUGCUCUGUCAGCUGCGCACACCGUUGGAUUCUCUCACUGUAGCAGAUUUGCGAACCGGAUAUACAAUUUCAGCCGUCAGAACCCGGUGGACCCAUUGCUGGAGCAGAAUUAUGCGACCCAGCUGCAAUCAAUGUGCCCGAAGAAUGUGGACCCCAGGAUAGCCAUCAACAUGGACCCAAACACGCCCAAAAAGUUUGACAACGUCUACUUCAAGAAUCUUCAACAGGGGAAGGGACUCUUCACCUCGGACCAAGUUCUGUUCACUGACACAAGGUCUAAGCCCACGGUAAAUAGCUGGGCAAGCAGCUCUUCUGCCUUUGAAACUGCUUUUGUCACUGCCAUUACCAAGCUGGGUCGAGUUGGAGUCAAGACUGGCCAGAAUGGCAACAUUCGUCGUAAUUGUGCUGCUUUUAAUUGAUGCAACCAGUCCCACAAUAGUCAAAAGUCCGCAGCUUGCAUGAAGCUACGUACAUGAUAUCAAAUCAAAGGAAAAUAAAACAAAUAGAGAAGCUGACAUUAAUUUCAUUAUAUAUGUAACUUGAAUAAUACGUAAUGUCGACUUUCCUUGUAUUUGGACCAGUGAAGUUGAAGACAUUCCACGCUGGGCUUCUAUAUUUAUUAA